GAUGAAAUAGACUUAAUCAGCGAUGAUUGUAUUUCUUUUUUUAGCAGCCUUAAUUUGGGGGGUUACAAAUCCAUUCCUGAAGCGGUACAGCGCAGGCAUGAAGCAAGGCGGCACAUUAAAAGAGGAUCUAAAUCAUUUAGUGCGGCGUCCGGGGUAUCUUUGUGUCCAACUAAUAAACUUAAGUGGGUCAUUGGUCUUUUUUUAUGCUCUUCGAGAGGUUGAAGUUUCUAUCGGAUCUGUUGUCGCCAAUUCGUUGACUUUUGUGAUUACCCUUUUGACAAGCAGUUUCAUUCUUUGUGAGGGAGCUUUGCGAAUCCAAACUGUCAUCGGCUGCUCUCUAGUCCUGAUUGGCACGGCAUUGUGUACAGUUUUUCGCACUGGAGGAUAAUUUGAUUCACAACUGA